AGCGUGGACGUGGUUGAUCUGCUGCCUCGCCCCAUCCGGCACAUCAUCUUCCGCCUCCUGCUGCUGCCACCAGGCAGUUCCUGUUCCCCUCAGAUGCAGACACAGGGCAAUUCUUGUGAGGAAGCAUCGCUGGGAACAGACAGUGCUUUGCGUGACUUCGUUCAUCUACAACAACAGGCGGAUUCGUUGGGGGCAGAUCUCUGUUCGGGGUUCACUACCAGUCAGUUCUGCCAGGGAGCAGCAUGACGAGGAGAACGUGAGGCGCUUCGGCUCCUCCUGGCCUCUGCUGCGCUGUGCCAUGGCCAGCAAGGGGCUCCUUGACCAUGUCAUCCCCUUCUCU